CCCGGCAGGUGCCGCCGCGCAGAAUUUGUAGGUUGCCAUGUUCAUGCUGCUGGCUUUUGGAUUGCUACUGMGAGAAAUCCUGGCUAAUUCCCAAGAUGAAAACCUUGCCCGAAUCAAAAAYGUCGUGGAGGAGCCGUUGUACAGCUACGAAACCAUCAAGUUGCCAGAGGAGCACGUUCCCUACUUUCUGCACAACAACCAGCACGUUGCCAGCACCUGCCAGCAGGACCCUCUGUGCCCRUACAAAAAAUACUUGAAGAAACUAAAAUCCUGCUGGGGUUAUGAGAAGACGUGCAAAUCGGAUUACAGGUUCAGUUACCCAGUGUGUGAUUAUGUUGAAACUGGAUGGGCAAGUGACAUUGAGACAGCUCAACAGAUAUUCUGGAAACAAGCUGACUUUGGUUACGUUCGAGAGAGGCUGAAUGAAAUGAAAACCCAUUGCAAGCCUGCAACAACGGRAGAUUCAUCUCUGACCUGUUCUCAGUACCUUCAGCACUGCAGAGCAACAAACUUGUACAUUGACCUAAGAACUGCAAAGAGAAACCAUGACAGAUUCAAAGAAGACUUUUUCCAGAAAGGAGAAAUUGGAGGUCAUUGCACCCUUGAUGUUCAAGCAUUUUUGGCUGAAGGUCAACGCAAGAGCCCUCUGCAGUCUUGGUUUGCAGAACUCCAGACGUUUACCCCAUUAAACUUCAGGCCCCUAGAAGAUGGCAAAUGUGAUAUCAUUAUUGAGAAACCAACAUACUUCAUGAAAUUAGAUGCAGGUGUCAAUAUGUACCAUCACUUCUGUGACUUUGUCAAUCUUUAUAUUACGCAGCAUAUCAAUAAUUCUUUCAGUACUGAUGUCAACAUAGUCAUGUGGGAUACAAGCUCAUAUGGAUACGGUGACUUGUUCAGUGAGACAUGGAAGGCAUUUACUGACCAUGAAAUAAUACAUUUGAAAACUUUUGACUCUAAAAGGGUGUGCUUUAAAGAAGCAGUCUUCUCAUUACUGCCUCGGAUGCGAUAUGGCUUGUUCUACAACACCCCCUUGAUCUCUGGCUGUCACGGUACAGGACUAUUUAGAGCAUUUUCUCAGCAUGUGUUACACAGAUUAAAUAUCACACAAGAAGGACCUAAGGAUGGGAAAAUUCGAGUCACGAUACUUGCACGCAGUACAGAUUACCGGAAAAUAUUAAACCAGCAUGAGCUCGUGAAUGCUUUGAAAACAGUAUCGAGGUUGGAGGUCCAAGUGGUAGACUACAAGUACAAGGAACUUGAAUUUUCAGAGCAAUUGAGAAUUACACACAAUUCUGAUAUAUUCAUUGGGAUGCAUGGAGCUGGACUUACCCAUUUGCUUUUUCUCCCAGACUGGGCUGUUGUCUUUGAAUUGUAUAACUGUGAAGAUGAACGUUGCUAUCUGGAUUUAGCAAGGCUAAGAGGCAUUCACUACAUCACCUGGCAAAAAAAGAAUAAAGUAUUCCCUCAAGAUCAGGGACACCACCCAACGCUGGGGGAACAUCCAAAAUUUACCAACUACUCCUUUGAUGUGGAAGAAUUUAUGUACUUGGUGCUUCUGGCUGCAAAUCAUGUUUCACAGCAUUCCAAGUGGCCAUUUAGGGUAAAACAUGAUGAGUUCUAGGUUAGACUUUAGACUGAAAAAUUAUUUUAAAUAAUGCUACAAAAUAAAUAUUGUAACAACAUAAAGCAAAAUGCUGAUGUGAAACAUGUAAACCUCUAGGAGGGAAACAAUCUGUUUUUAACUUGUCAAACCAGUUCACAACACCGUACUGUAUCUCUAUAUUCCUUCCCUUUAAUUUUAGUUUUCCAUAUGUAAAAGCUAUCAGUAUUUUUUUCUGUACUGUAUUUUUGCAUCCCCAAUUCUGAACUACUGCUUCAUACAAAAAUAGUCCACACAUUGCAUGUAAUGUUUAUUUGAGGGUAGAUAUUCAUCUUGUAAUGACUUGCACCUUUUAUGCAAGGUGGAGAAAUACCAGAAGGUGCAGUAGUACAGAUUUAUUUCUCAGUAUAGUCUCUGUGAGAAUAAACUAGUCCUGGCACAGAGUUCUUCAGCUCCUCUUUUUAAGAGCGAGGAGCUUUUAUACUAUAGUACUAGACCUGCAAGUAAAAACCUGCAAAGGUCUUGGCUUACUGUUGAGAGGCCCUGGCCAGUGUAUCUUUUGUGGUCAGGUUACGUGGCCCCUUGGUUCCUUCCCAUCACCAUCCUGUAGUGCUUGGCCCUGCGUCACUGCCAGAAGGGAUUGAACUCAUGAGGAGCUUUACUCUUAGGAGCAUUAAAAGCCUAAUCUCAGUAAUAACCUUCUGAAAAUCUUUCUGAAGACAGUAGCAUAGCUCACCUCUUCAGUAAAGACAAUAUUAAGCCAAAGCUGAUUUCUCUAUAAAAUUUCUCCAUAGAGCUGGCAUCCUUAUGAUAGCUAAAUAAAUAGGAGUAGAUCUGUUGUCUUAAUAGGRGUAGAUCUGUUGUCUUAAAUGGGACCAGGAGGAUGUGUGGAAAAAUCAAGUUCAAUGAGAUGAAAAGCAGGAGUUCUGUGUUAUGCUAUAGAUUUUUUGGCAAUGUGUUCCCCUGACGCUUGCAUCAUAAUCAUGCGCAGCUUCAGGGGCUUGAAGCAAAGCCUAUGUUUGUAUGCAAAAGCAAGACAGUGUUACAGUAAAUGUAAACACUUCACUGGUAUAAUGGUAGAUAUUAUUGACUUCCAUUCUCUAACAGUCAUAGGCAAUUUCACAGAUUGUAGAUAUAUUUACUGACCUGCCUACACUGGUAAAGAUGAGUUAUUGUAAGUGCAGCUUCCA